CAGGAAGACGAUGCUGAACGACCUCCUGCGCUUCGACGUGAAGGACUGCUCCUGGUGCAGGGCUUUUACCACGGGGACCCCGCCAGCACCACGGUAUCACCACUCAGCUGUGGUCUAUGGGAGCAGCAUGUUUGUGUUUGGUGGCUAUACUGGAGACAUUUAUUCCAAUUCCAACCUGAAGAAUAAAAAUGAUCUCUUUGAAUAUAAGUUUGCAACUGGACAGUGGACGGAGUGGAAGACUGAAGGAAGAUUGCCUGUUGCGAGGUCAGCUCAUGGUGCAACAGUGUAUAGUGAUAAGCUGUGGAUCUUUGCAGGAUACGAUGGCAAUGCACGGUUAAAUGAUAUGUGGACGAUUGGCCUGCAGGACAGAGAGCUGACGUGCUGGGAAGAGAUUGAGCAAAGUGGUGAAAUUCCUCCUUCGUGCUGUAAUUUUCCCGUGGCUGUCUGCAAAGACAAGAUGUUUGUUUUCUCUGGCCAGAGUGGAGCAAAGAUUACCAAUAAUCUCUUUCAGUUUGAAUUCAAGGAAAAGAUUUGGACACGAAUUCCUACCGAGCACUUACUUCGAGGCUCCCCCCCUCCUCCACAGCGAAGAUACGGCCACACAAUGGUUGCAUUCGACCGGCAUCUCUACGUGUUUGGUGGUGCUGCAGAUAACACGCUGCCCAACGAGCUCCACUGCUAUGACGUGGACUCUCAGACCUGGGAAGUUAUCCAGCCCAGCCCAGACAGUGAGGUGUCCCAUCCAGAAGUGGCUGAGAGAGUAUCUGCCCCAGAAGAAGUUCCCUCCUUGCCCUCGGAAGAACGUGGUAUAAAAAAAUCUCGGGAUGUAUUUGGUUUAGAUUUCGGCAUAACAACAGUUAAACAACCACCCACAGCAGACUCAGAGUUACCCAGUGGGAGACUCUUCCACGCCGCGGCUGUUAUCUCAGAUGCUAUGUACAUCUUUGGCGGCACGGUGGACAAUAACAUUAGAAGUGGAGAAAUGUACAGGUUCCAGUUUUCUUGUUACCCUAAAUGCACUCUGCAUGAAGAUUAUGGAAGGCUGUGGGAAAACAGACAGUUCAGUGACUUGGAGUUUGUUUUGGGAGAGAAGGAAGAACGAGUCCGAGGGCACACUGCAAUUGUUACAGCUCGCUGCAAGUGGCUGAAAAAGAAAAUCAUGCAGGCAAGGGAGAGGUUGAAACAGAAAUCAAAGCAAGAUCUUGAAGAUGAGGGACAUGCGGUGUGUCAGAAGGAUGGGAUUGGUGGGAAUGUCAAGUUGUGCCGCCUGCAGCCACUGCUGGAAGUGCCCAUCCGAGAGGCUGAGGCGCAACCCUUCGAGGUGCUCAUGCAGUUUCUGUAUACAGAUAAAAUAAAAUACCCUCGCAAAGGUCAUGUGCAGGAUGUGUUACUUAUUAUGGAUGUAUACAAACUAGCCUUAAACUUCAAGCUCUCUCGACUGGAACAGCUCUGCCUUCAAUAUAUUGAAGCAUCCGUAGAUCUGCAGAAUGUGCUCAUUGUGUGUGAAAAUGCUAACAAGCUUCAGCUGGAUCAGCUAAAGGAACAUUGCCUCAACUUUGUGGUGAAGGAAUCACAUUUUAACCAGGUAAUAAUGAUGAAGGAGUUUGAGCAUCUUUCAUCAUCCCUCAUAGUGGAGAUUGUACGGAGAAAACAGCAACCUCCUGUUCGAACACAUUCUGAUCAGCCGCUUGACAUCGGAACAUCUUUAAUUCAGGACAUGAAGGCUUACCUAGAAGGAGCUGGGACCGAAUUCUGUGAUAUCAUCCUUCUCUUAGACGGCCACCCAAGGCCAGCCCAUAAAGCAAUCCUAGCAGCCCGCUCCAGUUACUUUGAAGCCAUGUUCCGUUCCUUCAUGCCAGAAGAUGGGCAAGUGAAUAUUUCUAUAGGCGAAAUGGUUCCCAGCAAGCAAGCAUUUGAAUCUAUGCUUAGAUACAUUUAUUAUGGAGAAGUAAACAUGCCUCCUGAAGACUCCCUCUACCUCUUUGCUGCACCUUACUAUUACGGCUUCUCCAACAACAGACUGCAAGCCUAUUGUAAGCAGAAUCUGGAAAUGAACGUCACAGUGGAGAACGUACUCCAGAUUUUAGAGGCAGCUGACAAGACCCAGGCGCUGGACAUGAAGAGGCACUGCCUGCACAUCAUCGUUCACCAGUUCACCAAGCGGAGGCUGCAGGAAGACAAACAGGUUGGCGUGAUUCUCACCAGAACGUACUGGGGGGAGACGAACAUUGCGACAUUUCAGAAAGAGAGAUUUGAACGGAAGGGCGUUACUUAAUUGUACUCCGCUAACCAGAAUAUGUGGAAAUGUUUUAUAUUUAAACUGUUGACUGCUAGAACAGUUUUCAUCAAAAUGUGGCUGGAAGACUGUCAAGCAGAUGUGCACGAAGAAAUCUUCAUUAUGCAAUGUUUUUCUUUGGCCUGAGAGGCUGCAGUGUGUGAUUUUUGGCCUGGCGCUGGGUGACUCUGUGUGUGGCUGGGCACGAAUGCUUGCCGUUCUGCUCCCAGGAAAGCCACAGGCUCUGAAGGGCGACUUGUUCGAGCUGCGCAAGCCCGGUGGGUCAUCAAGGCUUAGGCAGGCCGGGUGUAUGGCGUUGGGAUCUCCUGUUCUUCCAGCUUGAUUGACACUGUUCUCAACUCAGACUGUUCAGGAGUUCUCCCCACAGUAAGAACACGAAUUGAAGAGCUGUUCCCAGAGGUUUGCUAGGUUGGGCAACGUGUUUUUAGGCUCCUGUGUGUCAGUUUUGUGCAAAAGCCCUAAUAAAACUGCUGUUCUGAAGCAUUCGUACUGACACCCUGAUCUGUUCCUCUGCAGCGCGUGCCUGGGUGCAGGGGCAGGGUCGCUACCGGUGUUAAGGGGGGCUCUUCCCUUCCCAGCCCCCGGUGGGGAUAUUACUUGAAGCACGUCCUGAGCUCUUGCUGAAAGUGUACUCAGCCGUUUCCUUCCUGGGUUUCAAAAGCUGCUCAGGACAUCUUUAUUCUUUGUCACAGUCGAGCUCCUUAGAGCCAGGGGCUAUCUUUAUUAGAUCGGUUAGUACAGGUCGGGCGGGUGGACAGGCUUCUAGGCAGAGUCUGCCUCCAGGGCUGAGUUGUGUGUUAGUAACUCCAGAAGGAGGGAUUCCUGGCUCAUUCCUCUGAGGUUGUGGAGAAGGAAGGAAUGCGUAGAGCUCCUUUUUGAUAACAGUUGAGCUUCUGAACAGCCUAAAAGCACAAAGUUUGUUGUAGAUUUGCAUAUAUCUGAUGUGGCAAAGGGUUUUGUUGGCUAGUGCUCCAGUGAC